UACCGACUGCCUGCCGCUGUCUACUGACGUCAGUUUUGCGUCGAUCCCUAGUUUCAAACUUUUACUCAGUUAGUUUGUACGAUGAACACAAGAACACCGGAAUGGAGAGCCUAUGAACAGCUUUAGUGGACGUUGAAUUUCACAUGCCGCUGUCAGUUUACUUAAACGAGUUGUGUAAAUCCUCCUGGAGCCGUUUCAUCUACUUUGUGACCCGAAGAGGACCGUUGGCAGCCGGAGCGAACGUUGACGCCGUGUGAAUGUCCAGCACAGAUAACUAACAGCCACCAUGUCAAAUUUAACACUGCAGAAUGGCAACCUACAGGGUCUGGAUGAGGGGGAUAUUCUUGACCCAGAGUUUCAGCAGCGUUUGGAAGAUGCUCGUAUUCUGCUCAGGCAGGAGAUCCAACGGGAGCUGAAGAUCAAGGAAGCAGCUGAGAGGCUGCGGCGGGCUGUCACCAAUCGCAAGAGUGCAGCAGACGUGGAGGGCCAACUCAAGGCCUCGAGUCGCAAGCUGGACAAGUUGCACUGGGAACUGCAGGAGCUCAAUGCCAGGUCUAUGGCAGCAGAGAAAGACCGCACCACAGGCUGCUUGGAAGAAGAAGACAAACAUUCAGCAGAGUUGGGUCAGUGGGAAGAGGUCACAUCACCACUGGUGAGUCGAGUCAGAACCCUGAAGAAACAGCUCACUAUGGAGACCAAGGUCAAACAAGGUGCUGAAAACAUGAUCCAGACGUACACCAACAGCUCAGUUAAGGACAGGAAGAUGCUGUCUACAGCCCAGCAGAUGUUGCAGGACAGCCGCACAAAAAUUGAGCUGCUGCGCAUGCAGAUUAUCAAAGUCAGUCAAGCCAGAGACGAGGAAGGGAGUGGCACACAUGGUCACACUAUGGAGAUGAUCAGUCCUCUUGAGCUGCGGGUGGCUGAACUCAUGCACCACAUGAAAAUUGAGUCGGCCGUAGCAGAAGGUGCUAAAAAUGUGGUGAAGCAGCUGAGUGGACGUAAGAUCCAGGACCGUCGCAUACUUGCAGAGGCUCAGGAACGAAUGCAAGAGUCGUCUCAGAAGGUGGCUUUGUUAGGCCUGUCCCUGGAGAGACGCUUGAGUGAGUUGCCUCAGGACCAUCCUAAGCAUGCUGCUAUUAGAGAGGAACUGUUAUUGGGAACCUCACCAUCCUAUGGCACACCAAAGAAGCAGUCCAACACUCCGUCCUCCUCAUACUCUUCCUCCUUCUUCAAACCAGCAAGUCUAACAGGGCGUUUAGAGGUAUGUUUGAUGGGCUGUCAAGACCUGUUGGAGUCGGUUCCAAGCCGUGGUCAUGUGACCACUUUCUCAGCCACCACUGGAAACUUCACAGAUGGAAAGUCUCUGAAGGUGAGAGCUGGCCUGUCAGGACGUAGUGCCAAUGGCAAGACAACCAAGGCUGAUGACCUGUCCUCUGAGAUAAGUGCUGUACUGAAGGUAGACAACCGGGUAGUGGGGCGCACACACUGGAGACAGCUGGGAAAAGAGGCCUGGGGCCAGAGCUUCAGCAUCGAACUGGAAAGGUCCAGGGAGCUGGAAAUUGCUGUGUACUGGAGAGACUGGCGGGCGUUAAGUGGGGUGAAGUUCCUGCGGCUGGAGGACUUCCUGGAUAACCAGCGACAUGGCAUGUGUCUGCAGCUGGAGCCACAGGGCAUCCUCUUCAUUGAGGUGACAUUUAUCAAUCCUGUCAUUGAGCGGCGUUCCAAACUCCAGAGGCAAAGGAGAAUUUUCCCUAAAGAAAAAGGGAAGGACUUCCUGCGUGCUGCCCAGAUGAACAUGAACUUUGCCACUUGGGGCCGUUUGAUGAUGAGCAUCCUACCUCCCUGCAGCUCCCUGGAGCCCAUGAGCCCUCCAUUAGCAGGCCCUACCACUGGCCCCAAAUCCAAAUCCACCUCUCCGUCACAAGAACUUUUUGCAGUGAGUCAAAAAUCUCCACACCACACAAGAAAGAACACUAAAGACUCUCCACUGUCUCCAGGUGAAACCAAGAGCCCAAAGCCCAAGCGACAACCCUUGAUCCAUCCAACUCCACACAGGGAUGAAGGGCUGCAGAUGGAAGAUUUCAACUGUAUUUCAGUCCUAGGAAGAGGUCACUUUGGAAAGGUGCUGCUAGCCGAGUACAAGAAGUCAGGCAAACUGUUCGCCAUCAAAGCCCUGAAGAAAGGAGACAUUGUGACACGUGAUGAAGUUGACAGCCUCAUGUGUGAAAAGAGGAUCUUUGAAGUGAUCAACGCUGCACAGCAUCCUUUCCUGGUGAACCUGUACGGCUGCUUCCAGACAGCAGACCAUGUGUGCUUUGUGAUGGCUUACUCCCCAGGAGGAGACCUCAUGACUCACAUUCACACCAGCAUCUUCACUGAGAAACAGGCCCGGUUUUAUUCGUCAUGUGUGCUGCUGGGUCUGGAGUUUCUCCACCAAAACCAAAUUGUUUACAGGGAUCUGAAGCUGGAUAAUCUGCUUAUGGAUGCAGAUGGUUUCGUUAGGAUAGCAGACUUUGGCUUGUGCAAAGAAGGUAUGGGCCAUGGGGAUCGCACCUCAACAUUCUGUGGCACACCAGAGUUUCUGGCUCCAGAGGUCCUGACAGACAACAACUACACUCGCAGUGUGGACUGGUGGGGGUUUGGGGUUCUCAUCUAUGAAAUGCUUGUGGGGGAGUCACCCUUCCCAGGUGAUGAUGAGGAAGAGGUGUUUGACAGUAUUGUCAACGAUGACGUUCGCUACCCUUCCUUCCUUUCACCUGAGUCCAUGUCCCUCAUUCAGAAGCUGCUGCAGAAAAAUCCUGAGAUGAGACUCGGAGCAGGAGAGGAGGAUGCCUCAGAGAUCAAAAGACACAGAUUCUUCCAGGGAAUGGACUGGGAUUCUCUCCUGGCCAAGAAAGUGAAGCCACCAUUCCUGCCAGUCAUCAGGGCACCACAGGACGUCAGUAACUUUGACGAGGAGUUCACUCGCCUCAAACCAGUCCUCACCCUCCCACGAACACCCUGCGUCCUCACGGACGAGCAACAAGAAAUCUUUGCUGACUUUGACUUCUCUUUCAUGAGUUGACCACAGGGAGUCCCCCUGUGCCACAUCAUUGUCAAAGGGCACUCGUGUUUGUAUCUACUUUUAUUCAGUAGAGUGCCUCUGAUUGAGCAAACUUUUAGAAACUACAGUCUUGUCGUUUUCAUGUCUGCACAGUUCCACAUUUCCAGGACCAUCACACACUAUCAGUUGCUGAGACAUUCAGUUCUCCUGAAAGUUUGUGACACUAACUGGCUCUGAUUUCAUGAUAGAGCUUUUACUUUUAAACAUUUUUUGGUUCUACCAAAUCACCUUUGUGCUAACUGAUCAAUGCUGUUUGUAUUAUCAAGCAGAAUGGAUAUCAGGCUAGUGAUGCUCAGAAUGUCAGCACUGCCCUUUCAAUUCAAAGUACUACUCUGCAAAUAUUUGUGAUCUAAAUGAAGACAGUCAGCUGUGAAAGUCAAAGCACUGAAUGUACCUUUUGCUACUUACUAAAACCAUUUUAUGUCCAUCUGUUACCUAACCUGCUAUAUGUUGUUGGGAUGUAAUACACUACAGUCAGCCAAUGUUUAUUUAAGUUCUUUGAUAGAUAUCUGACAGAUAUCCAAAUACAACUGUAUUUGAAUUUUUUAAAUAAUACUGUCAUGAAGAUUAUGCUUGUAUAGAACAAACCAGCCUGUAUGUUAAGUGUAAACUAAAUGACAGAAAUAUUGAUGAAUAAAUUUAGAUCUGCUGGACACUGA